AUCAACCAGACCUCGACCACAGGGGGGGAGGCCAUUGACAGCGGAGAGAGAUGGCCAAAUGUCAUCACCACUAUGCCAGAAUGUCAAUAUCAGUCCAUCUACCUACACGUCAAACAUGCUACUUCAUGUCGUGCAACAUCGUGUUCCGGUGGCUUUGGACCGUCGACUAGUCGUUUUGUUUACUGCAGCAUCACAACAUCCCGCCCGCUCUGCUGGAUCCCACAUUUGACCCAAUACGAGAAACCUGACCAAUGCCGCAUGCGUCAGUUACUAUCGGCCCGGACGACAACUCCUCCGAGCUGUCAGGCCCCGUGAGCCGGAUUGAAGAUGCCGGGCGUGAAUGACCUCUCUGAUAUCCCACUGACCACUACCGUGGUUGAUAGGGACCAGCUCCAGCAGGCAGUCCACCUCCAAGAGCCCCUCCCCUCCUUUCACCACGGAGUGAUUAUUGUCGACUUUGACCCCAACAUGAGACUUCAAGAUGUGCUGCUCGCCGCUGUCAUAGCGCGAGUGUACGGAAAUCCGGACCCCCUAUCCGAAGCCAAACUCGAGACGCCUGCUGGGGGAUUCGAUUGGGAUCCUGCCGAGGCUGACCCUGUUGACCAUGGGGGAUAUACCAGCAGCUGGCAUCACAAGCUUCACAGUCGUGAUGAGGCGUCACACCGUGGAUUGACGUUCCAUCCUGAGGGCGCACCGGGCAACUUUCGAUGUCACUAUCCACAGCUUGACCCUGAGAUUUGGGAGUCAUGCAACAGGGCAAACUCUCGGACGUGUUGGUUGAGAAUGAAGAGGCCGGACAGUGAGGGGAGAAUUUACGGUUAUGAUAUUCACACCAACUAUGAGGUUGCUGCGCCCACUGGCGUCUCGCGAUACUACACUAUUGAUGUUGCGACUGGAGUGAUCUACCCAGAUGGCUUCCCGAAACAAGCAUUGUUGUUCAACGGCACCUACCCAGGACCUCGUCUCGAGGCAUGCUGGGGUGAUGAACUCGUCAUCACUGUCAAGAACUCCCUCCCCAACAUGGGCACCCAGAUCCACUGGCACGGAAUCCGACAACUGUUCACCAACGACAUGGACGGGGUUGCCGUCACUCAGUGUCCCAUUGCCCGAGGCCACACCUUCCAGUACAAGUUCAGGGUGCUCCAAUACGGGUCGGCGUGGUACCACAGCCAUUAUUCACUUCAAUACAGCGACGGUCUCUGUGGUCCUCUUGUUAUCCAUGGCCCUGCCAGUGCCAACUAUGAUGUCGAGGCUGAGCAGACGUUGAUGGUGUCUGACUGGGUGCGUGACAGUGCCUUCAGCGAGUUCCAUCAAGAAAAGACCAACGAAAUUGCAAAGGCAAACGUCAAGAUGGACACGUUCCUCCUGAACGGAAAGGCAGGCAUGAAUGCAGUUGGUGGACCGGGAAACUCACCAAGAGACGUUGAAGCCUACAGCGUGACACGGUUCACCUCUGGCAAGAAACACCGUCUCCGUCUCAUCAACAGCGGAUCCGGCGCCACCUUUGUCGUCUCCAUCGACGACCACCAGUUCACCGUCAUCGCCAACGAUCUUGUUCCUAUCCGGCCCUACACCACCGACCGCUUGGUCAUUGCCGUAGGCCAACGCUUCGACGUCAUCGUCGACGGCCAAAGAGAAGGCACAGGCAACUACUGGCUCCGCGCCCAACCCGCCGACGGCUGCAACGCCUUCAAAAAGGGAGUGUUCAACUCGACCGCCGGCGCCAACACGACCUACCCCCUAGACACCCGCGUAGGCAUCAUCAGCUACCCGUCCCUCCGCUCCCUCGCCCUCCCCGCCAGCCUCUCAACCACCACCGACUUCUCCUGCCUAGACGCCCAAUCCUCCAUGGUCCCCGUAGUCCCCUGGACCAUCGCCCGCGAGCCCCUCAACCCUUUGUCUCUCUCCACCUUCUACAACGCGCGCCAGACAGUCCCCGACCAAACCCUAGGCCAGUCAGGCAACUACUCCCACUGGCUCUUACGCUUAGACCCCAACAUAGAACACCAAACCGGCAAGUCGAUGCACUCCCCCUUCUGGCUCGACUUCUCCAACCCAACCCUCCUCAACCUCACCGGCGCGGCCGCAAACCCAAGCUACAACAUCGUCUACUACCCUUACCGUCGCGAAGGGUUCAUCUACAUGAUCAUUGACUCCUCCCUCCUCCCAGGGACUCACCCCUCCCAACUAGGGUCACAGAUCGUCCCCAACAGGGGUGCGCACCCGAUGCACUGGCACGGGACAGAUGUUGUCAUCUUGGGGCAGUCAAACGAACGGUUCGAUCCUGUGACGAGCCCGGGGACGUGGAAUUAUGAGAACCCGCCUAGGAGGGAUACGGUUGUUGUUCCGGGGGGUGGCGGGUAUGUAGCUGUUGCUUUUCGGCCGGACAAUCCGGGGGUUUGGCUUGUUCAUUGCCAUAUCAGCUGGCAUGCUAGUAGUGGGUUGGCGUUGCAGAUGGUGAUUCAGGGGGAGGGGGGGGUGGACGGGGGGAUUUAUGGGGUUUUGGGGAGGAGGGCGGUGGAUAGGCUUGUUGGGGGGUGUGAGGAGUGGGAGGGGGAUUUGGGGAGGGGGGACUUGGAAGAGAUGGUGGAGAAGGAUGAUUCAGGGAUUUGA